AUGAUCCAGGUCAUCGGUGCAAUCGGCGAGUGGAUACUCGGAAACACCUUUUCCUGUGCGGUUUUCUUUACCUACGGGGCGUUCUGGCUUGCUCAAGGAGCGUCCCUCAUGCCUUUCUUUGCAGUUGGUGCGAAAUAUUCCCCUACGGGUGACGCCUUAGAUGGAGUGGAGACAACUGGGUACCAUGCAACAGCAGGCCUAUAUUACAUCAUUUUGGCCUUGGUCACCCUGGUCUAUUUGAUAUGCGCCCUCCGCACCAACGUCUGUCUUGUCCUUGCAUUGUUUUUCCUGGUGAUUGCAUAUUGCCUCUAUGGAGCCGUCCACUUCUACACUGCGGUUGGAAAAGGUGCUUUUGCAGCCAAGAUGGAAAUGGCUGCUGGUGCAUGCAAUUUCGUGCUUUGUGUCCCGAUAUGGUAUAUAUUCGUAGCACAAAUGCUGGAAUCAAUUGACUUUCCCCUGGUUCUACCAGUUGGGGAUUUGAGUGAGGUGAUUCGAGGACGAACCCAAAAGGCAAGAAAGGGAGCCGAAGAUGAGGCAUAA